GUGAAUCGUGAGAGCUGUAGCUGUCAAACUGUAAUCGGACUUCCGGAUUUCUUGGAUCUCUCUGACUACAGAAUAAAUGAGACUGAGGCAAUUACGCGGCAAAUUCCCAAGGAUCUGUGAAAUAACCGCACAUGAGCAAACUGAACAUGUCACGUGCCGAAAAGGCUGAUCAUUAUGUUGCCAUGAUUGGACCGUUAAAUGUAAAUGAACAGUGGGGAAAGCAUUGGCAAUGUACGGGUGUAAAUAAUGCAAUUACGGGAAUGUUUGGUGCAAAUACGACGUUGUGUUUUCAGGCGAAGGAUGAUGGAUCACCAGGCGAUUCAGAUGCGAUAUUGCCCUUGGUCCCGGGUUUAAACAGCCAACCAUCUAUUUACCCGUUUGCAUGGAGAGCCCAGCUGCAUUCAACACUAGUGUUGAAAGAAAAGCAAAUGCGCAUAGCUGUAUGCCGUCAUGUCGCACUGAGCAUUUGUGCGCAUCACUAAUGGGAAGAAUGCACGCUGUCACACACAACCAUGAUCUAGUCACCUUUGGUGCUGGAGUUGGUCACUUGCACGUCAGCGAUAUCACUCGUUCCGUGAGAGGCAUGUACAUGUAUUUCAUCAACGACCAGUGAAAACAGAACUACAAUAGCCAUAUAUACCGGUAUAUGCAUAGACUUCAGGGAAGGCCACUGCAUACCAGCAGCGCUUCCCUUUGUUCGGGAUACAACGAAGAUAGCCGAACUGCUUUCGCUCCCAGCUGAAGUGAGGGCUGACUUGCGGCUAGUAUCGAUAUCGGCAGUGGUACCACAUUUUUGGCAGUUAUUUGUAAUCGCAGCCUGAAAGCGUCUUUGCUCGUUCGUGCAAUCUUUUACCUAUGCAUCAUCUGACGGCUUGAAAUAGCAUUUGGUUUCUUCUGAGAGCGAUGGCGUCGGCUUUAGUCACCACUUUGGUGGUCAUUGCAGUGCCGUUUUUUGUCCUGGGCGUACUGGGCAAUGUUGGCGUCGUGUUCAGCGUGGUUAUGACACCUUCCCUCCGGACCCGAGCAAACGCCAUCAUCGUUAGUCUGACCACAAGUUGCCUAGCUUUCCUGAUCACUGUGGUCCCCUUCACCCUCGACUCCUUCAUUCACAGCGACUGGCGGUUCGCCCUCUGGUACUGCCACGCCACGGCCUACCUUGCCUUCGGUUUCAUCGGGAUCACCGUCUUCAACAUCGCUGCGCUCUCGCUCUACCGAUACUUCUGCGUCGUCCACCCCACGAGGAUGUUCUUGAGGAGCGUGACUAACUUGGUAAUGUUAAUUUCUCUGGCUUGGUUUAUCCCACUCGCGACCCAAAUUGUGAUCUCUGUUUGCCACAUCGCGCACACAAAGUACGUCCCCGCGUACGGCCGGUGCGUCCUCAUUAAAUCAGGCAAGGACUCCGCACUUUACAACAUCCUCGUGCUGGGUGGAUUUCUUCCAACCCUGGGACUGACUCUGUAUAGUUACGCAGGGAUUUAUAUCAGGGUUCGUGCGAGUGCUAGGAGACUUCGCCAACAGGCUGGGAGGAACUCCCGGCCAAACCUUCAACUCGAGGAAGUGAAUACUGAGGGGCUACCCGCCGGAAGAAGACAAUCAACGAACACAAAGCAGAAUCGGAUGCCAAGCUCCAAUAGGAAUUCGAGGGCCAAUCGCGGGCACCAGAGCAAUCUGACUCAGAUCUGCGUGGUGGUGUUCGCGCUGUUUAUGGUGUGCUACGGCCCCAUUGUCACACUUACUGCUGUCUACGCCCGUGAUAACUUUCCAGCUCAGGCAUACAUGAUAUGCACCGUCGUCUACUGGCUGGGGAGCUGUCUUCACCCACUAGUUUACGCAAUCUUGCAGCCCAAGAUAAGACGUUUCUUCCUCCGGCUUAUAAACUGUUGCCGUACGCCAGCGAACCAGGCCAUUUCAGAGUCCUCCGUAGGUGCUACCAUACCAUGUACCGGACGAGAAACGUGAAGUGCACACAUGUGAAAUUGAUAAAUUUUUGGUUUAAGAAUAUUAAAUAAUCACUAGAACUGCAGUAAAAUAAGAUCAUCGUUGAGACUGAAAGUUUACACCGGUUAAAAUGACGGAAGUAAUUUCAGAACCAAGAACUUAAACCAUAGAGCCUUCAAUCGCACAUGGACUGUAGACCAAGUUUCGAAAAGUCUGUUUAUUAACGUCUCAAUACAGUGAUUCUUCAAAAUAACCUGGCUACUGUCGAAAAUUAACAUCUACAGUUCUCACUGAUGCACAUCUAGUCUUCAGCCCCAGCCAAGUAAGUUGGACACGGCACGGGGCUUGUUCACUUCUCUACGACGAAGGUUGGUACCCUAAACUGAGCAGGAAUCCCAGUAAAAGUUACUGUUCAUCUCUAGGUCUUAAUUCAUUGUUCACCAGGCCCUUAAAUCUGUCAUCUACAUUCUACACACCUCAAGAAAAGAUCAAAAUGUAAAUUAAAAUCCAAAUCCAAUUGGUUUGUUAGAAAAUGUGCUAUCUUCAUGGGGCAGGUUCGCAGCUCCUUAUUUCUGCUUGCCGAUAUUAAAUGAAACAAAAUGAACUGAUGGUUCCUUUGAAAUACGACGGUUUUGUCCAUAGUUACUCUCAAAUUGCAAAGCACUCUUCGAAUGAAUGGAACAACCGUAGCAGUCAGGAAUCUUAAAAUUUGGAAGAACAGCGUUAUUUUACUUCCAAAACUUCAUCUUCUUCCCAUGAAAACUAAAGAAGGUGAAAAGCAGCAUCCUUGUUUGCAAUCUUAACACCAAAUUAAAAAUUUCCAACGCAUGGGAACAUUAAUGCCAUUUUUUGCAUGAUUGAUUUUAAUUUAAAUGAAAAUGUGAUUUCCACAAGCUUGCGUUAUUUUGACAAUGGCUACUGGAACACACAGGAAGCUGAAUCGAAGACGGUUUUGUUGGCUGAGUGGAUUAAUCUGCCAGUGAUUUUAAUAUUUAUAUAUAUUCUCAUGACCUCUCAAGUGAAAUGAUACCGUGAAGUUUGAUAUGUACAAUUGCUACCGCUUUCUAUUUUUUUUUGUUCCAGCAGAAAAUGUGAUAUUUGUCAUUUUAAACGAGAUAUCAAGAAGGGCUUUCAUUUAUCACAGCCAUUUUUUGGUCCAUAUCAUGAAUGCUAUAAGGCAAGUGGUUUGCGUUGACACCACGUAGCACAAACUGUCUCUUUUGUGAGCUUGUGUGGCUCUGAAAUGAAUCAUUAUUACAACCUUAUGGCUUUCUCAUCAGACGAUAGAACUUGUUUUUGGCAGAGCAGCUUUAGGGAGGCAUAUUACGAUGUAAAACAAAGAAAAAAAGAUUCAGGCUAGGUCUACGUUUUCAGGAGACGCAAAAUACAACUUUUUAUCUUUUGUUACUCAUUCAUGGCCAGUCCAGGGACAAUUACUAAUCACAGUCACAAAACACUUGGUUUGGUUUCACGCACUGGCAACGAAAAACCGUAUCUAUGUGCAUAUUGAAUUCAAAUGACAUCUGCAGAAAUAGAUGAAAAAAAAGAAAAGGAAAAAGAAAAACACUCUACAACAGGUGCACUGUAGAAAAGGUGCUUAGUAUUUAAACACUGUUCAAAGUCCUUUUUGGUGCACAAUUUUUCAACACGUCGCACCCACGAAAGGCUUUUGGGAAAGUACCUAAAUUCUAAGUGGUUUUCACAAAGCUAAUCGUGUACCUUGGAAACACCUUUUUUAUCCGGCACCAGUAGUGAGUAAUCCUUCAUCGAUUUCUCUUCAAGAGUGUGGAUCAGUGUCUCUAUAAUGUCAGACAUUGUAACUGGAACAUCGAGGAGAGGAAUGUCACCUUGAUGCUCGCUUGAAAUUUCCCCGUCAACCGCCAACCUGACAGGCGAGGCCUUGCUGCUUAUUUUUAAUUAGGUUUUCAGGGUCGUUUGCUGGAGCUGAACAAUUUGUGAUUUCCGGGGGAGCUGUUGUGGGCAGUUACGGUUAAUUGCUUCUCCCAAUAGCGCGGUGAUUCUGACAAGCAAAGAGUUAAUGCGUUAUUAUUGUAACUAUCGAUUUCUCACCCCUACGAGAAAUGAUUUGAUGGAAGGACUGCAUACAGUACAAUAGUGACAUGUAAUUGGAUCAGUUCGCCGUUUCUUUUCUAUGCGUGUAUAUCUAUGCACUCAAGAGAGAAUAACUUACAUGAUGAAAAAUAUUGUCAUUUUUCUUUAAGAAUUAAACUGAGCCAUAUUCACGAGAAGAUGGAACGUUUUAAAAUUAAUAACAUUUUCAAACAUUUUCCCAGGUGCAUCCUGUUAUGAAUAAACAGUACCAAGCGGGCUGAAGAUAUAUUCUGUUUAUUAAGGGGAUAAUUCAUCACUCCACAUCCUUCAAGGGGCAGGCGAUUAUGCUUUUCUGUAAUUCGACGGGAUGUGAGUCAUAUUUUCAUUCUGUUGCCAGUCAUUUGUUUUCCUUCUUUUAAUAAGAAAAUUAGUACUGCUGACGGUUCUAGCUAAAUGUGAAAUAAAACCAAAUGCAAAAACCAAUGGAUACUGCAA